UAGGAUUAAUUACGUCACUGUUGAUACGAGAGAACUGAAACAUUUUUCCGCGGGAAAACGAAGAUGCAAAAGACGAAGAGAGACGAAUUUGCUUGAAUCUUCAAUUUUCUAGUGUAACCCAGAAAAUUUGAUGGCUACGACUCUUCUAUCUCGAUGCUACCGUAUCUACAAUAGCGAAGCGUGCAAGUGUGUUUCUUCUGAGAAUCACCAGACAACGGGGAAGCAAAAUGGGAAUCGAAAUCUCGAAUUCGACUCGGGACAAUCGAAACCAGCCCGGAUAGUUCUUCGGAAAAGAUCCCAGCUAACUAAGCAGCUCAAUGAUCCUGCGCUCACUCGCGCUUUACGUGGGUUUGCUGAUUCCGGGCUCAUGGAUGAUGCACUCCAACUGUUUGAUGAAAUGAACAAAGCUGAUGUUUAUGUUUGGAAUGUGAUAAUUAGAGGUUACACUAGCUGUGGGUUUUACAUUGAAGCAGUUCAAUUUUAUUGCAGAAUGGUGUUGGCAGGAAUCAAAGCUGAUUCCUUUACUUAUCCUUUCGUGAUUAAGUCUGUUGCUGGGAUUUCGUCCUUGGAAGAUGGGAAGAAGAUUCAUGCGAUGGUGAUCAAGCUUCGGUUUGUUUCAGAUGUCUACGUCAGUAAUUCUCUUAUUUCAAUGUACAUGAAGCUUGGGUGUGCUUGGGAUGCAGAGAAAGUGUUCGAAGAAAUGCCUGAGAGAGACAUUGUUUCGUGGAAUUCUAUGAUUUCUGGAUAUCUUGCGCUUGAAGAUGGGAUUCGAUCGUUGAUUCUGUUUAAAGAAAUGUUGAAAUACGGAUUUAAACCGGACAGGUUUAGUAUAAUGAGCGCUUUAGGUGCUUGUUCUCAUGUGUAUGGUCCAAAAAUGGGAAAGGAGAUACAUUGCCAUGCUAUUCGAAGUAGAACCGAAACGGGUGAUGUUAUGGUAUUGACAUCAAUUCUUGACAUGUACAGUAAAUAUGGUGAAGUGAGUUAUGCAGAGAGGAUAUUUAACGGUAUGAUCCAGAGGAACAUCGUAUCUUGGAACGUUAUGGUAGGAUGUUAUGCUAUAAAUGGACGAGUCAUUGAUGCUUUUGUUUGCUUUCAGAAGAUGUCAGAGCAAAAUGGGUUGCAGCCAGAUGUUAUUACAUUGAUAAAUCUGCUUCCUGCUUGUGCGAUCUUGGAGGGUCGAAUGAUUCAUGGGUAUGCAAUAAGGAGAGGCUUUCUUCCUCAUUUAGUAUUGGAAACUGCUCUGGUUGAUAUGUAUGGAGAAUGCAGACAGUUGAAAUCAGCUGAGCUUAUAUUUGAUCGAAUGGCUGAAAAGAAUUUGGUCUCAUGGAACUCAAUUAUUGCUGCUUAUGUGCAGAACGGGAAGAACUAUUCAGCCUUGGAACUAUUUCAAGAACUCUGGGAUUCAUCGCUUGUACCUGAUUCCACAACAAUUGCUAGUAUUCUACCAGCUUAUGCAGAAUCUCUAUCCUUGAGUGAAGGUAGAAAAAUUCAUGCUUAUAUUGUCAAGUCCAGAUAUGGGUCAAACACCAUCAUUUUGAAUUCACUCGUUCACAUGUAUGCCAUGUGCGGUGACCUUGAGGAUGCAAGAACAUGUUUCAAUCACGUUUUGUUAAAGGACGUUGUUUCAUGGAAUAGCAUCAUCAUGGCAUAUGCAGUACACGGUUUUGGGAGAAUUUCGGUUUGCUUGUUCUCAGAGAUGAUUGCUUCUAAAGUAAAUCCAAACAAUAGCACUUUUGCUUCACUAUUAGCAGCAUGUAGCAUUUCUGGUAUGGUUGAUGAAGGAUGGGAAUAUUUUGAGAUGAUGAAAAGAGAAUACGGGAUUGAUCCUGGAAUAGAGCAUUAUGGAUACAUGCUGGAUCUCAUUGGCCGCACAGGAAACUUCAGUGCAGCCAAGAGAUUCAUUGAAGAAAUGCCAUUUGUGCCAACAGCUCGGAUUUGGGGAUCUUUGUUAAAUGCAAGCAGAAACCACAACAACAUAAACAUAGCUGAAUCCGCGGCAGAACAGAUAUUUAAGAUGCAACACGAUAACACGGGAUGUUAUGUCUUGCUUUUGAACAUGUAUGCAGAAGCUGAAAGAUGGGAAGAUGUAAAUAGGAUUAAGCUUCUCAUGGAGAGCAAAGGCAUAUCCAGAAGAUCAAGUCACAGUACUGUUGAGACUAAGGGAAAAAUUCAUGUGUUCACAAACGGAGACAGAUCCCAAGUGCAGAAGAACAAGAUCUAUGAAGUCUUGGAUAUUAUCUCGAGGAUGAUUGGAGAAGAAGAAGGUGAAGACAGUUAUGUUCACUGUGUCUCAAAGUUGAGACCAGAGAGUCUAGUUGAGAGCAUAAGCAAUUCACCAAGUAGACAUUCGGUAAGGCUCGCCACAUGUUUUGGAUUGAUCUCUACAGAAACAGGGAAAACAGUUAUGGUGAGGAAUAACACGAGAAUCUGCAGAAGAUGUCACGAGUUCUUGGAAAAAGCAUCGAAAAUGACGAGAAGAGAGAUCGUUGUGGGAGACUCGAAGAUUUUUCAUCACUUUUGCAAUGGUCGCUGCUCUUGUGGGAAUUACUGGUGAAAACAGAUUGUGGCCAAAGUAGGUAUAUGUUAUCCGACAAAUGUAAAAAGAAAAAGAAAACAUGUUUUGGCAAUUUAUAUGGAAAAAAGAAACCAUUGAUCAACUAAA